UGUCAACAGCGAAUUGUUUUGUAUGUGUUUUUUUUUCUUUUCUCUCUGUUUGAGGAGAAGAAAACGAGCGAAUGUAGUGUGUAGCGUUAAUUUGGUGUUGAUUUUCAUUUAUUUUGAUUUUGAUAAGAGUAUAAACCGUGCCAGGGGAAUAAUGAACAAAAUUCAAGCUAUUUAAUAAUAACGCCUAUGGUGUUUGCCGAGAAUUAACUGGAUAAAAUCACCUACAUGGACUAAUUAAAUGUGUUUUAAGGGUAUUUUUGAGUGGAAAAUUCCAAUCUGUGAGCGACGAAAAAAAAACAAUCACCAACACAAAAUCAAUCAGUCGAUUCAGUUAUCGAAUAAUAACAGAAAAUAUCAACAAAGCAUUUGUUCACUCGGUGUGUUUCAUUCGGUUUGCAAAACAAUCGUUCAAUUGUCUGUGAGAGAUGUGAUAGAGAAAAAAAGGCAAAUAAUACGCACAGAAAAUUUAUUCGGAUCUGAGUGACACGAGCACGCAAAAUCGAAAGAGAAGGGAGCGAAAAGCAGGCAAUUUUAUCAAAUGAUGUGCAAAAAAGGCAAAACAGCUGCUACGCGUGAUAUUCCAUCAUGAAAUUCGUGCUAAUUAAUGUGAAUAGAAUAGUUGUUAGCAUUACGUGCAGUGGUCAGCCAGCGGCAGUGUGAGUGUGUCGUGUGCGAUUUUAUGCAAUAAAUGCUUACGACGGACGGGACGGUUUUUGUUUUUGUCUGUUUCGAAAGUGAACCCAACAUAGUAACACACGAUAAAAAGGAACGAAAUAUGUCAAAAACUAAUAAAAUUGCAUUUUUACAGCAAUAGAAAUUGCUGCGCGAAUUGAUUUCUGCCUGGUCUCAAAACGGUUUAAUAAAAAAAAAAAAUCUUUCGGCUGUGCUUAUUAAGCGAAAAAUUGCAUUACACAUGGCAAUGGUUGGAAGUGUUGUGUGCGAAGAAAAAGGAUUCGACGGCAAUAAUUUGAUAAUUUCAUUGCUCAGCAGUUGAUAAUUUUAUUGUUUGUUGCGCUUGGCUCCGCGAAACUCAUCACAGCCAAAAAAAAUCGCGAUAAUGGAGUAUAAAUAUUGGAGCUGGCUUUGCGUUUGCUUGUGCAUUUUACUUAACAUUUUCGGAUUUUAUUGGCUCUUCGUAUUAUUUAUCUCAAUGCUAUGCUUUGCUCUCGGAACUGUGACGAUUGUGUAUUUACAUCAUACGGGCGAGAAACACAUUCUAGAACAUCGGAAAUCACAAAAUCUAGCAUUCGAUCAAGAUGACCCGUUGCAUGCGCUCAAGGCCCUUGGACUGAAUCUAGAUCAUGAUGUUAAACCGAUCAUUUUGCUAUCUCCUGAUGUACGCAUUCAAACCGAGUCGAAAAAGCAUAAAAACUCUCCGUUGCAAUCGGAUUCACGUAAAAAGAGCUUAAUCGACUCAGGCAUUGAACUAUUGUUCAAAAAAAGUGCUAAAACUGUUAAAGAUGGUGGUGUCAUUGCGAAUACAUCACAAAAAACGAUUUUACAUCCAUUAUCAAGUGAUUAUAAAUCUUCUGCAGAGACAACAACCGUUCCAGCUAAUUAUGUUGAUAGGGAGGGAUCGAGUCAACAUGGUGCCAAUGCCACAGACGAACAUUAUAAAUGGAAACUUUUCGAUUCGAUUAAAAUUCAUACGGAUAAACGACGUUCGGUUGAUCCAACAGUUGACGUUCACGUAGGUGAAGAAUGUGGUGCACCGCAAGUGAUCGAAACGACUCCAAUUUACAAAUUGCACAAUGAUUCAGCGGUGCUAGAUCAGCAUGGUUCGCCAAAGAAGAAAUUUCGUUCGAUGCUCAGCGGCAAUAAGCAAAUCGAUCAAUUGCUUCACACCAUUAUAAAUUACAUACUGCGGGAUUUCAUCGAUUCGUGGUUCUUCUCACUGAGUGACAACAAAGAGUUCAGCGAAUUUCGAACACGAAACUGUAUCGAAGAAAGUGUACAGAAUGUUUGUACUCGGGUGAAAGGUGUUCAAUGGAUUCCAUUGAUUACAACCAAAUUAGUCGAUAUUGUUGCAAUGCACGCAAGACUCUAUCGAAAAGCCAAUACCACACUCAAUUUGCAGCUAGAUGAAACGAAAUCGACAUCAUCUUCCGGCAGCAAUCAAAGUUCAUUCCAAACAAAUAAUUCAUCACCACAGCGUCGACCCAGCAAUGCCAAAAAAAUGAACCGACAUCGACGCAACAAAAGCGAAACUGAUCUCAAUUUAGGCAAUCAACGCACGUUUGGCAAUUCCAAAUUCUACGAUUCAGUGGAUCAAGGGCGAAAAAAAUCCAAUAAUGACAAAUCACCAGUGGGUGAUGCUGGCCAAGCCAAACUCAUUACGGCUUUUUUUAAUCAAUGCGAACUAUACAGGGAGGAAUGUUUGGAUGAUGAAGCUCUGGAAGAUUAUUUGACGCGUUGCAUGGAAACAGUGCUAUAUUUCACAAUACCGGAAGAAGAUUUUGCUUGUAUUCCAUUACGAAUGUUCCUAAGUACGCUGUUGGCCAAUGUUGUGUGCAAACCAGUCAUUGACAUGCUUUCAGAGCCCGAUUUUAUAAAUUUACAAGUUGCCAAAUCGUUGACAAAAGAACCACCGAGCAGUGAGAUUUUCUUACGACUAUUGCGCCAAUGUGAUGAUGCAAGUGAAUUAAGGGCCGUUCGUCAACUCAUUACAAAAGAAAUGGAUGCGAAAUACAAGGAUCCAAAUGCAUCGGCCGAAAUGAGCAGCUUAAAAUAUGCGCAGAAAAUGAUUGAUUUGCGCUUGAGUUACAUGCAAAACAAUAGACGUGAAACGGAUCGUGAUUGCAAUACAAUGGCCAAUUUACCAAUAAUCCCACUAGAUGAGCUGUUGAACAAAGAACUGACGCUUUCAUAUUAUUUGGACUAUUUGAGUGUGUUGAACCUGCAGCGUUAUGUGAUAUUUUAUCUAUCGGCAAAAGAAUGGAAGGCAACAGUUGUCCGAUAUACGGUCGAGCUCCAGUCGAAUAAAUUGAAAGGAACACGCGAUGAUGUGAUCAAAUUGCUUCGCAACAAGGCCAGUAAUAUUCAUAAGGAGUACUUGGAGCAAUCGUCGGCAAAUGCGUUAAAUAUUGAUUCUGGUCUCAUUGAAACACUCAACAUUCGCUUGAAUGAUGUGUCAAUCAAUCCGGAUCCAUUGUGGUUUGAAUCGAUCUGUAAAUAUGUCUAUGAGAAAAUUAAAAAUGAGGAUGUUUUCUUGUCGAAUUUCUACAUUUCUACACAAUAUCGAAAGUUGCUUUUGGAGUUGGAAUUUUUAAGUAACUUUAAUGUAGACGGUGAAAUUGAUUCGAACACCGCUACACAGUUGUUGAUGAACGCACGGGAUGAGUCGUCUGUGUCGGUUGUAAAUUCCACUAUGUUGAACCAGUGUGAAACGGGAAGCGAUAGCAAUUCCGGUGAUUUGAUGUUUGAUGAUGAGAUCGACUUUAUUGCGUUAGAUGGAAAUGGCAGCGAUUUUUUGACAGUGAACACCGGACAAAAGGUGUCGCCAAUACAUCAAGUGACAAAAGCCAGUGAAGCCACGGAGAAAACUGGGGAAAUGGCAAAAACUCCCGAAUCAAAUUUACUUGAUAUCAUCGGAGCCGGCGUUAGUAAACAUUAUCGCUCGCACAGUGACUGCACCGGUCUUAUCCAGAACAUCGAUGAUAUUCGAAUCGAACCGCUGACCAAAGCAUCCGGUUCGUCUCCAACCAAUUCCAACGAAUGGAACAAGAACAAAAGUGACAAUGAAGAAUCUCCCAAGCAUGUCGUUGCCAAAGGUGACAUCCAUAAUGAAAAAGUGACAUUGAUCUGUCCACAGCAUCGACUCUCAGCCAAAAUCCUUAAUACGGCCAUUAAUUGUGAAGGACAAUUUGCCGUUUAUGCCAUACAGGUGACGGUCAUCGAAGAUGAUCAACAGAAAAGUUGGCAUGUCUAUCGACGGUACUCACGAUUUUUGGAUUUGAAAAAAGUGCUGGUGAAACGGUUUCCAUCGAUAUCACAAAUCCCAUUCCCAGCGAAGAAGACAUUCCAAAAUACGCAGCGUUCGGUGCUGGAACAUCGUAUGACGUUGCUUAACGAGUUUCUGAAGACGAUCAGUAUGCGGGCCGAUGAUAACGAUGAACUAAAUACGAUUUUACGCGAUUUCCUUGAGCCAGACACAAACGAUAAAAAGAUCCAUGGUGGCGCUGUCAUUCGAACGAUUGAAACGAUUGUAAAUCCAUUUAAAUCGGGAAUGCGUACCAUUAAAAAUAUGCCGGACACACUGGUUGGAGGCAUGGCACGUAUACUGUUGGGUAAAGGACCCACCAAAGAGACAGCUUUCUUAGAUGUUACACCAAUCCAUCUGGAGCAUUCAUCGGAAUACCCGGCGUUGACAUCAGCUUUAAAUUUACUCGACGAAGUGUUUGAUUUACAAGCACGAUCGCAAUGGCUUCGUCGUGGCUUAAUUAAUCGACUUUUGGGUGCUCCAUGGGUUAGUCAAGCGGCAAACAAACGAAUCACACAAGCAACUAAAGCGGCCAUUGAAUUGGAGAAAAUCGAGAAUGUGCUGAGCAUCAUAUUAAACACGAUUUGGCCGGAUGGCAAGCGAUCAAAUCAGACGGUUUCACGCGACGAAAACACCAAAUUGAGGACACGAAUGGCCGCGAAAGUGGCACUCUUCACUCUAUUAGCAGAUGAUUUAAAACACGUCGUCGGAUCAGAGACAACGAGAUAUGGUUUGUUAAACUCUUUCUCCAUGUGGCAGCAUAAAACUCUUAAUAAACGGCUGGUGCUCGUGCUGUUUAAUGAACUUUUAACAACGCUUUAUCAAACCGACGAUUUAACCAAACAUGUGAAAUAAAGCAACCGAUACGAUUCCUGGAUGUAUUGAAAUCAGCGUCGUGGAAACAAAUGAGAGGAUAAUUUACAACCAAUUUGACAAACUGAACGCUCUGAGAUUAUCUCUUUGAAAUAGUACAAUUACAUAUGAGAUGCGCAUACAAUGUUACCAUUUAAACCAAUUUCUGUUGUUUCUCUGUGAAAAGGGUAAUAAUUUUUGUCACUACAGUUUUUUCUCUCUCCCUCUCUCUCUCCUGGGUCUAGUUAAUUUGAUUUGGUUUAAUGACGAUAAUGUGCUCUGGUUCUGAUUUCAUUUUCUGGUACAAAAAUUAAUAGCAACUUAAGAGAACACUGAACUGUGAAUGUCAUGGAAAAAUUGCCGCUAUUUUUUUGUUGUUCUAUUUUUAAAUAAAUUCUUUUUGAAUGGACGAAAAUUCCAAAUUACAACGAGAAUACGAGAAAAGCAUCGAUCGUUUCGUGUGGAAUGAAGUAAAUUGUUAAAUUGUCUAUAAUUUGAGUUCCAUUUUUUGUUUGAAAUUAUCACUGAACUACCUGAUCGAUUUGUAUAAUGUAGAUAAAGCACCCUGAAAUUUGGUUCAACUCAAUAAUGACUCAUCGACAAACAAAUAGCAAAUUAAUAUUAAUAAUAACGAUGAAUUCAAUGUGACCAAAUGUGUUGUAUCAGAAGGAUAUAUCAUUUUUUAUUUAUUACCACAUCCCAACAAUUUAUUAUAAACAAGAAGAUUAUAUGGUGUGUAAAUAUCAAUGUAUUUUACGUUUAUUUUCUACAUGGAAAAUGGUGUUUCUGAGUUUACUAUUUCAAAUUAGGUUUUAGAUGAAGUUUUAGUUCCAAUUUCUUUUUAUUGUGGCUGAUUUUCACUUUAAACUGAAGAAAAAAUAUCCAUUUGUUUGAAGAUCUGAAAAUCAUGCAAUCAUUUUGUUAACUGAAAAUUACCAUUGUUAUUUGUGAUCUUGUUCUUAAUGUGAGCUAAGACGGGACAUCGAUCCUGUUGCAUACAUUUUAUGAAUGAACAAAGUUUAUUUUUUAAAAUAAUUUUUCGAGGCUAAUUAUCUAUUACUGCAAAUCCUAUUUUUAUUUUUGUUCACAAUUGUGUUGACCAUUCUUGUUUGUUUUUUGCCGAAUAAAUUCAUUGCCAUAGCUGUAACUUCACUUGAAUAAGCAACAAUUUUAUAAAUGUUCAAUAACAUAUAGGAAGGAUGAUGGGUUUGAAUUCUCAUUCAUGUUGUUGUGCAAUAAAAAAAUGAAAUUUCAUACAAAAUGAA